AUGUUCAUCGUAUCGAACGCUCACCAAUAUUAUUUUGAGGACUUUUACACUGACAAAGGCAACCUCACCUUACCCAUAACUAAAGAUGAAUCUGGUUUGUUUAAUGCUACCGUAGCUUUGUCAGUCAAUAGUAGCUUGGCAGAAUCUUUGAAUGAUGAACAGUUAAAUGAGUAUUACAUGGAAUGUGUCAAGAAUUUAAAACUCUCGAAUCCGGUACUAGAAACUGUGAUUAUCAAUGAUAUUGAAAUUGAGGGCAUUAAUUGUAAUUUGGUAUGUUUUAGGUAACAAGUGUAACUUUUAGUUAGAUAUAAUUAAAAACUUAGGGUUAUAUUGUUUGUCUACUUCCUUGCACUGCAAACUUUUCUAAAUUAAAAAAAAUUUAUAUACCUAAAUUAUCAGAACUUGUCUAUAAAGUGAAACUAAAACAUUACAUUGGUUUACUUAGACAGUAAACUACGGAAUAGCUGAAACUGAAGAGUACAAAAAGUCCUCACUCCGAAUUAUUCAUGCCAUCAUCAAAGCCCUAGAUGAACAUCGUCUCAAUCCUGUCGAUUUUUCAGUCGAAACAGUGGUUAAAACUAGUCAGGUAAAUCAAUAUUACUGUAUAGAACCCAUUUUAGAUUGAAAAAGAUUCCUCAGUAACAAUAACAGUCAAUACCAACUUGGGAACAUGUGGAAUUGAACCAAGAAGUACUUAUGUCAGGUAAAUACAAAAGUGUAUAAUGGUCAGUUUAUAUCCAAUCUUUACAGAAUAAGAGCCGAACGUAUAGAGCCAUCAGAAUGCCUGUUAGACAACACACUUGAGUCUUCUUAA